CCGUCCCCAACCCAUCCCCCGCCCGCUCCGCCACAGUCCACACAGGCCCCAGCCAUGGAGGCGGCCCCAACCCCCGAGCCGGGGCCGCACGUGCUUGUCAUCCCCUUCCCCGCGCAAGGCCACGCGCUGCCGCUCAUCGACUUCGUCGCCCUCCUGGCGGCGCGCGGCCUCCGCCUCACCGUGGUCACGACCCCGGCAAACCUUCAGCUUCUCUCCUCUCUCCUCGCCGCACACCCCACCGCCGUCCGCGCCGCUACCUUCCCGUUCCCCUCCCACCCAUCCCUGCCCCCGGGGCUCGAGAAUACCAAGGGUUGCAGCCCGGUGCAGUUCCCCGCCUUCGUCCACGCCUUGGCCGAGCUGCGUGGGCCCAUCCUCGCGUGGGUUAAAGCGCAGCCCGAUCCCGUCGUCGCCGUGGUCGCCGACUUCUUCUGCGGAUGGGCUCAGCCGCUGGCCCGCGAGAUAGGCGCCGCUGGGAUCGUGUUCUCGCCGUCCGGCGUCCUCGGCACCGCCGUCCCGCACUCGACCUUCCGCCGCCUGGUGAGGCGCCCCGCGGAGUGCGAUGGCGACGACGAGUUCAGCGUCUCGUUCCCGGCGAUUCCCGGCGAGCCGUCUUACCAGUGGAGAGAGCUCUUGAUGAUGUACAGGAACUACAUGGCAGGCGCUCUGGACGAGCAGGUCGGCGCGUCGGUGAGGCAGAACUUCAUGUGGAACCUGCACGACAGCUGGGGGUUCGUGUUCAACUCGUUCAGAGCGCUGGAGGGGAGGUACCUGGAGCAGCCUCUCGAGGACCUGGGCUUCAAGCGCGCCUGGGCAGUGGGCCCCGUGGCUCCGGAGGCGGACGCCGCGGUUGCCCGCGGCGGGCAGGCAACCGUCGAGCUCGCCGAUCUCAGCGCGUGGCUGGACGCGUUCCCGGAAGGUUCGGUUGUAUACGUGUGCUUCGGGAGCCAGGCCGUGCUGAGCCCCGCCGUGGCGGCGGCGCUGGCCGAGGCGCUUGAGCGCAGCGCCGUGCCGUUCAUGUGGGCCGUGGGCGACGCCGUGGUCCCGGACGGGUUCGAGGCGCGCGCCGCGGCGUCGGGGCGCGGCUCGGUGGUGCGCGGGUGGGCGCCGCAGGUGGCGCUGCUGCGGCAUCCGGCGGUGGGGUGGUUCGUGACGCACUGCGGCUGGAACUCGACUUUGGAGGCGGUGGCCGCGGGGGUGCCCAUGCUGGCGUGGCCCCUGACGGGCGACCAGUUCUUUGACGCUCGGCUGCUCGUGGACGAGGCCCGCGUCGCGGUCCGCGCAUGCAAGGGCGGCCUCGGCUUUGUCCCCGACGCAGGUGAGCUGGCGUCCGUGUUGGCCGACGCCACCGGGGAGAAGGGCCACGACGUGAGGACCCGCGCCAAGGCACUCGCGGCAGAGGCCGCCCGCGCCAUGAAGCCUGGCGGGACAUCGUACGCGGAUCUAGAGCUGUUGGUGCAGGAAAUUCGGAAUCGGAAGCUUAGCUAGCUCCCUCUCCAGGAAUACAUCAGCUCGAUUCCCAUGCGAUCUAACUUGAUCGCACUGAAAGAUGAUGCAAGAUGAUACAAUACUGAAAGAUGAUACAAGACUUUA